AUGUCCCAGCCGGGCGAAAAUGUUGACAGGAUUCUGGCCUCUUCGGCAUCUGGUGUGACGCUCUUGAUCAUUGUUCAAAUAGCCUCUAGGCUAUUCACGUUCAUCGCAAAUCAAUUGAUCCUACGAACUCUUUCCCCGGCAAUCCUUGGAAUUGGUACUCAACUGGAGUUAUACUUCAUCUCGAUACUAUACUUUUCCAGGGAAAGCAUCAGAACAGCGAUUCAGCGACAACCUUUCCAUGGGGCAUCUGCUAGUGCUAUCCACGAUGGGAGCUACGAUCAGAUAAAUGGCAAACUUAGUCGAAACGCUCAACUACAGACAAUAUCUUCGCAAUCAGUAGUAAACAUGUCUUAUCUGAGUAUCAGCAUGGGAGUCCCAUCAGCUUUGAUAUUCGCGACAUUGUACACACAGUUUGCUUCCAGAGAAGUUUCUGAAACACCUUUCUAUCUAGUCGGUGUUGCGAUCACCACAGUUGCAUCCCUUAUGGAGCUUUGCGUUGAGCCUUUCUUUGCUGUGGUGCAGCAGUAUACAUUGUACAAGAAGCGCGCAAUAGUGGAGACAGCUGCAGCAUUUAUGAAGAGCCUAACCGUGUGUGGUUUAUUUUCAUGGUCUUCUUGGAAAGACCAAGACUUGGGCGUCCUUCCAUUCGCUCUGGUUAACAAGUCGAUGGCAGUUCUCGCUGCUCCUUACCAAAAUUAG